CAAACAUUUUAUCAUUCUCUUAUAGGCACCUUUCUCUCACGUCUCUUUCAUAUCAGUCGGUCCAGUACAUUGAUAGACCUCGGACUCACCCCAGCAUCGACGCUUCUCGAACUUCGCUUGCCUGUACACUACCGCCAGCAUGCCUCGCAAACCAGCACCGGCCUACGUCCUCGGCGUGGGCAUGACCAAAUUCAUCAAACCACGUGGAAAAGUGGACUAUCAUGAACUCGGUUUCGAAGCCGGUGUCAAGGCGAUGUUGGAUGCACAGAUUAACUACGACGAGGUGGACCAAGGAGUCGCAUGCUACUGCUACGGUGACUCAACCUGCGGUCAGCGCGUGUUCUACCAAUUCGGCAUGACCCAGAUCCCUAUAUACAAUGUAAACAACAACUGCUCAACAGGCAGUACUGGCCUCAACAUGGCCCGCCAGGCCAUCGCAUACGGCGCCGCUGACUGCGUUCUUGUUGUCGGUUUCGAGAAGAUGUCCCCAGGCAGUCUACAAGCCUACUUCAACGACCGCGAGAAUCCCACCAGUACUACCAACUCCAUGCUGAAAGCUACUAGAGGCGUUACAAACGCGCCCGGCGCGGCACAGCUGUUCGGUAACGCAGGCCGUGAAUAUAUGGAGAAAUAUGGGGCAAAAGCAGAGGAUUUUGCAGAAAUCGCCCGUGUCAACCACGAGCACAGCAAGAGAAACCCAUACUCUCAGUUCACGGAUGAAUACACCCUAGAACAAAUCUUGAAGUCGCCCAUGAUCCACCCGCCAUUGACAAAACUCCAAUGCUGUCCUACUUCCGACGGUGCAGCUGCUGCCGUUGUCGUCUCUCAAGAGUUCCUCGACAAGCGACCCCAUCUCAAGUCUCAGGCCGUUCUGAUUGCUGGUCAGAAGCUUGCCACCGAUUCUACAGAACUGUUCAGCCGCUCGUCAAUCGACCUUGUGGGCUAUCAAAUGUCCGCCUUUGCCGGCAAGGAAGCCAUGAAGGAAGCAGGCAUAACUCCCGACGACGUUAGUGUUGUGGAAUUACACGACUGCUUCAGCGCCAAUGAGAUGUGCGUGAUUGAUGCUCUCGGUUUGUGUCCGAAAGGCAAAGCACAUGAACUCGUGCGGAAAGGAGAUAUCACUUAUGGCGGAAAAUAUGUCAUUAACCCCUCCGGAGGCCUGAUCUCCAAGGGUCAUCCUCUUGGUGCGACUGGUCUCGCUCAGUGCGCCGAGCUCACCUGGCAUCUGCGAGGAUGGGCCAAUAACCGUCUCGUCAAGGAUACUAAAUACUGCUUGCAGCACAACUUGGGUCUCGGUGGCGCUGUGGUCGUGACUGUUUACAAACGCGCCGACGGCAAGCCUGCCACACCGGUGCCUGAUCAGGAGGUUGGCAAGAUAAACCACUUGGGAUAUAACCCGGCGACACAAGCCAAGGGCUUCACGCUCGAGCAAGCCAAGCAAGUGCUCAGUAAGAAGUCCUUCUCUGAUUGGGCUGUGCAGGAUGUACAGAAUAAGGUGCAGGCUAGGUUCUAGUCGCCCUGUGCAAGAUAUACUGUAUUGAAUGUAACGAGUACAUGAUCAUCAUUUCAGAAACCCACGCUUUCAUGUGUUAGGCACUUGGCGGUGUGUCCUUCUCCUUGAAAGACGAACAAACGAACACUGUCAUAGAUCUUGCUGACUGAUGACAGGUCUAGUGCCUAAGGCACUCAUUUCAGGACGUAUAUUCUACAUUCGGACUAAAUUUUCAGCUGAUCCCUCUCAAUCGAGCAAAGCAAUCUGCAUGUCCUCAGCUUCCCUUUCCCAUCUGUGCAUGGAGGGCUAUCCCAUCGACGAGUUGUGGUAUUUCCGGAUAUCCGUUCACUGAGGCCAGUCAACCGCUCCGUAUGUUACGUGAGACACGGAAUCGGGCAUCACGAAUCGAUUUCUCGCCUUCCUUCCCAUAGUUUCAGCUGAACGAAGACAGAUCUGGGCCAGGUAUGUGAGUGUUACCAUUUAGCCACGUCUACUGCGGCCGUGACUUUGCGCAUUGUGAUUAGUUUCGAGGCCGUCACUUAUACAGGGCGAAUUACGCUUACCUUGCCCCCUGCCGAGCACAUUCGUGUACACAAAUCCUUCGAAUCGACUGGGAAAGAGACAGACCUCAGCUCACCACCGUGUCGUUGACAAACCCAGACGUGUCGCUCGCCUAAAAGCAUGAUAUGUCGGUAAGGCUGUGGCGGUGGGGAGAGGUCUGGACUCUCCCCUACCUGCAUGAAUACGAAUGUGCUCGGCUGUGCUUGAGCUUACCCCGGCUUCUAGUGGCCGAACAUAUGCAGGGGAUGGGGCCGAGACGGG